AUGGCGGAACAGUUGAUUGCAAAGUAUUUCAAGAAAGCGCCCAAUGUUACCACCGGCAGUUCCGAGCCACCUGGAAUUUCACCCUCGGUGACCGCAACUUCAACUCACACGUCAAACAUCACCAAGAAUCCCAAAAAGAAAAGAAACAAAAUGAUCGAGACCAUGAAACUAAAAUCCAAAGCUCGGAAUUGGGCGAUAGGUAAGGUGCUCGAUAAGAUUUCCGCGGAAGGAAAAAUUCGGAAUAUGAACAAUCAAUUAUUGUCAGACGAUCCCGAGAGGUUAAUCUUGUUUAACACGGAAUCCGGCGACAUAUUAAGCACAGAGCGAAGAUUAUGUGAAUCGGUGGAGAGUGGAGACUCGGUUGGACUAGAAAAGUUGGGGAACAUGAGAGUUGAGAUGUAG